ACUCUCACGGACGUGUUUUUUACAGCGGAUCGAAAAUAAAUUACUGCAAAGCUAAAUCACAAACGCUGGGGAUCGGCGAGCUCGAAAUCGAAUCAGUGCACCGCCGACCGACGGACUAUAACUGCGCGCAAGCUAACCGUAGGUUAAGUUAACGCUCCGCGCUGCAACCACUGCAGUUGCAUAACCGUUGCCGAAAAUCACAAAAGUCGGAGAAUCGCGGUCAGGCGAAAGCCCCAAAAGUUCAAAGGACAAUAGAAAGUGGCAAGACGAAGAGGAGAGCGUGCUAAGAGCCCCUCCCCCAGGGGCCCCGUACCCCCCUCCGCCCACAAAGUGCCUUAACAAUACAGUGCGUUUGCCAAGUUAACCAAGUGCGCGUCCAAGUAGCUACCAACCGCCCAUUUCGGUGGAGCUUAUUCCGGAACUGGGAAGACAACGAAGAUGGCCCAGAACACGGCCGACACCCUCAUCCACCUGAUCGCCGGCGGAUCCGCUGGCACAGUGGGUGCCGUGGUCACAUGCCCCCUGGAGGUGGUGAAGACGCGCCUGCAGAGCUCCACGGCGUUCAUGACGCCGUCGCGGCUGGCGGAGAAUGCCGGAGGACCGGCGAACGGUGGCCAAUCGGAGCUGCUGCGGCCGGAACAACGACGUAAGCUAAGCACAACGAUAUUACGUAACAGAUCACAGCCACAGGUGAUUGGGGGUGUGCGUAGGAUCAUGGCCAUUUCACACUGCGGCAUCUCAUCCACAACGCCCAAAUCCAUGAGCAUCGUGCAGUGCCUGCGGCACAUUGUCCAGAACGAGGGUCCACGCGCCCUGUUCAAGGGUCUGGGUCCGAAUCUCGUGGGCGUGGCCCCAUCCCGUGCCAUUUACUUCUGCACCUACUCGCAAACCAAAAACACGCUCAACAGUCUGGGCUUUGUUGAACGUGACUCGCCACUGGUGCACAUCAUGAGCGCCGCGAGUGCCGGAUUCGUCUCCUCCACGGCCACAAAUCCCAUUUGGUUUGUGAAGACGCGGAUGCAGCUGGACUACAACUCCAAGGUGCAGAUGACCGUGAGGCAGUGCAUCGAGAGGGUCUACGCCCAGGGAGGCGUGGCGGCCUUCUACAAGGGCAUCACGGCCAGCUACUUCGGAAUCUGCGAGACCAUGGUGCACUUUGUCAUCUACGAGUUUAUCAAGUCCAAGUUGCUGGAGCAGCGGAAUCAGCGGCAUACGGACACCAAGGGAUCCCGCGACUUCCUGGAGUUCAUGAUGGCUGGCGCCGUUUCCAAAACCAUCGCCUCCUGCAUCGCCUACCCCCACGAAGUGGCUCGCACUCGUCUGCGGGAGGAGGGCAACAAGUACAACUCCUUCUGGCAGACCCUGCACACCGUUUGGAAGGAGGAGGGCAGAGCAGGACUCUACAGAGGCUUGGCCACGCAGCUGGUGCGACAGAUCCCCAACACGGCGAUCAUGAUGGCCACCUACGAGGCGGUCGUCUACGUGCUCACGCGGCGCUUCAACAACAAAUCGAACGAGUUCUACGACUUUUAGAUGCCUUUCGAAGGACUGGAGGAGGAACCCAAUCUGUGCAUAUGUAGACGCGACUGCUGCAACUUUGUGUAAUUUUACCCCUCGUUUUUAGACGAUCCAAACCAACGAGCGCAAAUUCUUAGUUAACUAGCUUCUAAGUCAGAUAUGAAACGAACUCGAUAGACUUAAGACGUUAGACGUUGAACGUUGGCCAACCAAUCGAAAAAAAACAAACAAACAAAGAAACAAAAAACCAAUAAUGGGAAACACGCACCAGGAUCGAAGUGCACCAUCCAAACCCUAGACCCACUUGCUGCAUGCUACGGAAGGAUCUGGAAUGACACCGCAGGGGAAACGUUAUCAAAA